AUCAGAAGGCGGAGACUGCCGUAGGCGUGAGUCGAUUGGCCAGCUGAUGUGCAGGCAUUUGAAUGUGUCUGUAUGAUGUGCUUGGUCUGAACGAGGCGGAGAUGAGAGCGGAGGAGCGGUGGGAGGCAGCAAGAUGGCGUACCAGACUUUCCGACAGGAGUAUAUGCAGAUCCCACCAGUGACCAGAGCGUACACCACGGCUUGUGUGCUCACCACGGCUGUAGUGCAAUUAGAAAUCAUCACACCAUUUCAGCUGUAUUUUAACCCAGAACUGAUAUUUAGAAAUUACCAGAUAUGGCGACUAGUAACAAACUUUUUGUUUUUUGGACCUGUUGGAUUCAAUUUUUUAUUUAAUAUGAUUUUUCUAUAUAGAUAUUGCCGGAUGCUUGAAGAAGGAUCAUUUCGUGGUCGCACAGCUGAUUUUGUAUUUAUGUUUCUUUUUGGUGGCCUUUUAAUGACUAUCUUUGGACUUUUUGUAAAUUUAGUUUUCCUUGGCCAAGCUUUUACAAUAAUGCUUGUAUACGUAUGGAGCAGAAGAAAUCCUUAUGUUCGAAUGAACUUUUUUGGGCUUCUGAAUUUUCAGGCUCCAUUCCUCCCAUGGGUUCUCAUGGGCUUUUCAUUGUUGCUGGGGAAUUCAAUAAUUGUGGAUCUCUUGGGUAUUGCAGUUGGACACAUCUAUUUCUUUUUAGAAGAUGUGUUUCCUAACCAGCCUGGAGGAGGAAGAAUUUUAAAGACGCCAUACAUUUUGAAGGCAAUAUUCGAUACACAAGAUGAAGACCCAAACUACAAUCCACUCCCAGAAGAUCGCCCUGGUGGAUUUGCUUGGGGAGAAGGCCAACGACUUGGAGGAUAAAGAAAAUGAUGCCAACAAGUGAAAGUGGCACGGGAGCUUAACUCAUGUAAUAUCGUCUUGAAUGCACAUUGCCCUGUUGUAGAGGUAACGUGCACUUCUACAGAACAGGAAGCACUUUAUAAUCCACUGACUGACACAAGACCUUUUUUCAUUUUCCCACCAGUGCCUCCCAGUAGAGGAUUUGUUUGCAUUGGUACUUGAAGCUCUUGGACCCUAAACUGGAAACAGAUACUAUUUACCUGACCACGCAGACUUCUUCAAAGCUUUUUAACAGUUGUGUGUUUAUUUCUUUUAUAUUUUAUAUAAAACAAAGAGAGAACAAUCUUCAAGGAUAUGCCAUUUCCCGGUUUUGGUAGUUUGCGAACACAGACUUGAAGUAUAGCGAAGACUGUGCAAAUGCCAAUGAACUCUAAAUAAUGCACAAAAGGGUCCUACAACAACAGCCAUUCCUCUACUGUGUGACAGAACGUCAGAUGCUUAUCAUUUUAUAUAAAUAUAUUACAACCCAAGUCUACACUGUGUCAAGCAGUGAUCCAAGUUUUGCUGUGCUUUCUGAAUAAUUUUUUUUGGUUGAUUAUCAAAAUAACAACUUUGUUUUUUAUUAUUGCAUUUCUACAGGAUGAUGGAAAUACAAGGAAAAAAUGAUGGUGUAUUAUAAAAUAUUUUAUAUGAACGAUAAAUCCACGGUUGCACUUUUGACCAGCAUAUUAAAGUCACAGCAUUGUAAAUGAGUAAUAUAUUAGCAAAAUUAACCCCUCAGGUCAGUAAAGAUGCACAUUUUGGUGGUACAAAAGGAUUUUUUUUU